UUAUCCCUCACUAGUACAAUGGCUCUACGACCUUUAAUGAAGCUCCCAUGGUCUCAAGAACUGCAACCAUUACAGAUUCUUGAACUUCUUCUUCUUCUCUUCAUUCCUUCUUUAAUUAUUUUAAAGCUCACUAGAUCAACUAAGAAACCCAAAAAUUUGCCCCCAUCUCCACCAAAGCUUCCCUUUAUUGGAAACUUUCACCAGUUAGGGACACUCCCUCACAAAUCUCUUAGAGCACUUUCUCACAAAUAUGGUCCUCUCAUGCUCAUGCAAUUGGGUUCUUCUCCAACUGUUGUAGUUUCCUCUGCUGAGGUUCUUGAAGAGAUGAUAAAGUCUCAUGAUGUUGUGUUUUCAAGUAAGCCCAAAAUGGCUGUCGGCGAGAAGCUUUUCUAUGAAUGGAGCAAUAUUGGGUUUGCACCCUAUGGUGAGUAUUGGAGACAGGUAAGGAAGUUUUGUGCACUUGAGCUUUUAAGUGUUAAGAGGGUCCAAUCAUUCAAUUUUGUGAGGGAAGAAGAAGCUGAUAUCUUGAUUAAGAAGAUAAAUCAUUGUUGUCAAAUGGGUAAGUCAGUUAAUAUUACUGAUUUGCUACUAAUUGUAUCCAAUAACUUGAUCUCUAGAGCUGCUUUGGGUGGGAAAUAUGAAGGAGAAGACAAUAAUGAGGGCAAAGUAGCACAAAUAACUAGGGAAUUGGUAGCAAUCUUUGGAACAUUUUGUGUGAAAGACUUCUUUCCAUUGUUGGGUUGGAUUGAUAGACUCACCGGUUUGCAAGGAAAAAUAAACAAGACUUCCAAAAAGUUGGAUGCCUUCCUUGAUCAAGUCAUCCAUGAACAUCUCAUGGCCAAGAAGGAUGAUAAGCAAUCAAAUCAAGAAGACUUUGUGGGUCUUUUGCUCCAAGCUCAAAAGGACUCAACCUUUAACAUCUCCCUCACUCACAACAACAUCAAAGGAAUCCUUGUGGACAUGUUUGUUGCUGGAACUGACACAACAGCCAUAACUACUGAAUGGGCAAUGGCAGAGCUUAUUAGGAACCCAAGGGUGAUGAAGAAAGCACAAGAAGAGAUAAGAAGAGUGGUGGGGAAGAAAGCCAGGGUUGAAGAAGAUAACAUUUGUCAAAUGGACUUCUUAAAGUGUAUCAUUAAAGAAACACUAAGAUUGUAUCCUCCUGGGCCCUUGUUGACUCCAAGAGAAUGUACCAGAGAUACUGAUGUCAAAGGUUACCAUAUCCCUUCUAAGACAACAGUUUUUAUUAAUGCAUGGGCUAUACAGAGAGACCCCAAAUUAUGGGAUAAUCCAGAGGAGUUUAUGCCAGAGAGAUUUAUCAACAGCCCACUUGAUUUUAAAGGCCAAGACUUCAAAUACAUUCCUUUUGGCACAGGGCGAAGGAGUUGCCCAGGAAUGUCAUUUGCUUCAGCAUCCUCUGAGCUAAUUCUUGCCAACCUCUUAUAUUGGUUUGAUUGGGAGUUACCAGGAAAUGCCAAAAUAGAAGACUUGGACAUGGUUGAAGCUCCUGGGAUUGCACUCUACAAAAAACAUCCACUUAAUCUUCUUCCAAAAUCUUACCUUUCUUAAGCUUGUAAAAUCAGUAUUUAUGUAUUUUUAUUUGAAGAUUGUGGAUCAUCCUAUUGGUAUAGAAAAUCUAUAAUAUUCUAUAUAAAAUAAUGGGAUGAUCUGCUUUCCUUUGGUUGCAUCAUUUGUCUUAUUUUGUUUGAUUAGGAACAAAAAAGAUGUACAAUAGGUUCUUUAUAUGUUUGGUAUGGAAAUAAAAUAUUGAUUCAUCCUUGAUUUUGAUUUUGUUA